UCAGUUCGAAGGUGAAACGAGUACCACCCGUUGCCCCGCACUCAGUAACCACCAACACAGGAGAGCGGGGGCAAGAGGAGGAGAAAAGGGAGGAGAAGCAGAAAGAGAAGGAAAAGAAGGGAGCCAAAGGCGAAAGAGAACGAAGAAGAAGAAGACGACAAAUAAGCAGCAGCAGCAGAAGAAGGUGUUGGUCGGCGUAAAGAAGAAGACCAAGGAGUUCUGGGGAACGACGACGACGACGACGACGACGAAGAAGAAGAAGAAGAAAAAGAAGAAGAAGAAGAAGAAGAAGUUGCGGCGGGAGGAGAAGAAUGUAGAAGAAGAAGAAGGAGAAGAAGAAGAGAAUCGCAAAGACAAAAAGAGUCACAAGGAGAGAGGGAGUUGCGUAUAGGAGGAGGGAGGAGGAAGAUCGAGUAGAGGAAAAUAAAUAUGAAUGGUGGAGGAAGUUUUGCGGGGAAGUAGAGGAGGGCAACCGCCGAAUAGGGAAGGGAAGAACGAGCAGGCGGCGGAAAGAGGAGAAUCAGCCAGGAAGAAACACACGGGUGUCGGAAAACCUAAGAAGAAAUAGAAGGAAGAGUAAGACGAAGGAGGAGGAGAGAAAGGAGCAGGAAGAGACAAAGGAGGAAGAAGAGUUAAGGAAGGGCAGCGCAACUGCGCUAGAUCUCCAUCUCCAGAGAUGGACACCGGUACAACACGAAUGGGUAGCCGAUCGUCGACGCGGCAUGGUCCAGUGACGGUCUUUACAGGGCGGGUUCGCAAAUGGCAAAAAAAAUGGGCCAGGUCUGGAGCCACGGACAGGAUCCAGGUCUAUAAAUGGGUCCCACUGACGCCUGUUCCAGCGUCGGCAGCCGGAAACAGAGAAGAAGAGCCUGAGCAGGUGCGGCCUCACUCAGUGAAAUAUGUGCCGGUUUCGAUAAUGAUUGCCAAGAAACAAGAAGAGGCGGCAAAUGCAGCCAAGGAGGCUGCCCUGAGGGCAGCAGAGAAGAACGUGGAGAAAGAAAAGGCGGCAGAGAGGGAAAAGGAAGAACAGAAGGAUGAGAAAGGAAUCACAGUGGAAGAUGAUGAUGACGCCAUGGAAGUCGAGACAACGAAAGAGAAAGAGCAGGCCGUUACAGAGGAAGAACUCAGGAAGGCUGCUGGAGGGGAGGAGGAGCGGGAGGAGCGGGAGGAGCGGGGGGAGCGGGAGGAGCGGGGGGAGCGGGAGGAGCGGGAGGAGGGAUGGGAAAAGGAGCGGGAAAAGGAGGAGUGGGAGGAGGAGUGGGAGCAGGUGCGGGAGGAGCGGGAGGCGAAAUGCGAAGGGGCGGAGGAGCCAGGGGUGGAGGAGGAGAAGCGGGAGGAGCACGAGGACGAGUGGGAGAAGCGGCAGGAGGAACGGGGGAAAGAGCAGGGGAAGCAGCGAAAGAAGGAGAAGCAGCAGGGGCGAGAGCGGGAGCAGGAGGAGGAGGAGGAGGAGGAGAGGGAGGAGCAGCAAGAGAACGAGCGGGAGCGGGGCUAUGGCGUGAUCUUUGUCACGUUGUUUGGCGGAGGAGUGGGAGGGGGAGGGGGAGGAGGAGGAGGAGGAGUGGGAGGAGCGGGAGGAGCGAGAGGAGGCGUGGGAGAAGGAGCGGGGAAGGAGCGGGAGCGGGGCUAUGGCGCGGGAAGAGGAGCAGGAGGAGGGGGAGGAGGAACGGGGUGAAAAGCAGGAGAAGCAGCGGAAGGAGGACGAGCAGCAGGAGGAGCGGGAGGAACAGCAACAGAGGGAGCGGAAGAAAGAGAGGGAGGAGGAGCGGGAGAAGGAGCGGGAGUGGGGCUAUGGCGGGAUCUUUGUCAUGUUGCUUGGUGGAGGAGGAGUGCCUUUUUUCACAAUCAAACAUAAAUGCUCUU